UCUUUGAAACAUCAAAAUGAUUGCCGUCUCAGGCUCAGUGACCACAAACAUGAAAUAGAAACAAUAGAUAACAACUGUGACCACAAGAAAUGGGCCUCAAGUUCAUCUAAAGGAGAUGCUAUAGAACACUUGUCCAUUGAAGAGCUGGUGUACAUAGGAAAAUGUAUUGUAAAUUUAAAAAUAUCAGAAUACCAAUCAGGAUUUUUUGGACGUACAACUAUGGUUCUUACAUUCACAAAUGCUUUAGACUUAGAUGAGCCAUUACCAUUUCACAAAAUUACCCCAGGAUCAAUUGUUGGCCUUACACUGACUCAGUCUCCCCGUUCAGAUAGUUCACUUUCUGAAGGACUUGUAUCUUUUGUCAAUCCAUGGAAAAUUGAAGUAGUGUUUGAUGAAUACAGAGAUGUUAUUGAAUUGAGUGAUGCUCAUAUUUAUAAACUGACCAAACUUUCCAAUGAUGUGACAUAUAGAAGGCUUAAGUCAGCAUUGGAAGAUUUAUUAGAGAAAAGUAGAGGUGGGCCUUGGCAGAGACUUAUCAAUACUUUGUUUGGUAUAGAAGAUAUCUCAAUCCCAGGCGAAUAUGAUUCUUUCAAAUUUGGGAAUAAAAAUCUUGAUGACUAUCAGAAAGAGGCAGUAAAAUUUGCUCUGAACCAGAAGGAAAUAGCCAUUAUACAUGGCCCACCUGGCACUGGGAAAACAACUACUGUUGUAGAGCUCAUUAUCCAGGCAGUGAGACAAGGGUUAAAAGUUUUAGUUACAGCACCAUCCAACGUUGCAGUGGAUAACAUUACUGAAAGGCUUGGGAAGUAUCAAGUAAUUGAUAUUAUACGCAUUGGACAUCCAGCCAGAUUUUUGCCACAAGUACGCAAACAUUCUCUAGAUUUCAGAAUUGAAGAAUAUUUGGACACUAGCAUUAGAUCAGAUAUUAACAAUUGUUUGAAUAGGUUGAAGAAUUGCACAAAUCUUGCAGAGAGGCGUAAUUUAACAAUCCAUCUAAAUUUGUUGAUAAGGAGAAGCAAAGAAAAAGAAGAAGCAGCAGCCGAAUAUUUAAUGCCCAAGGCAGAUGUUGUGCUGGCCACUCUUACCAGUGCCUCUCGAGAUGGAAAAGGACCAAUGAAUUACUUAGCAGAUGACCACUUUGACUUAGUUGUUAUUGAUGAAUGCUCACAGGCAAUAGAAGCAGCUUGUUGGAUUGGAAUAUUGCAAGGCAAGAGAUGUGUGCUGGCUGGAGAUCAUUUGCAACUUCCUCCCACCAUUCUGUCUAGAGAAGCUGCGGCUGAGGGACUAAAAAUUACAUUAAUGGAAAGAUUGAUGAAAACUGUGUUCGAAUGGAAGCAUAAUGAAGUGGUCAAAAUGUUGCAUAUUCAGUACAGAAUGCAUCAAGACAUUAUGGCUUGGAGUUCUGAAACUCUUUAUGCAGGGCAACUUGAAGCUCACCAUUCUGUGGCCACACAUUUACUUAAGGACCUAAAACAUGUUGCAGUAGAAUAUGUAGAGGAGACCAACUUUCCUUUACUGCUAAUAGACACAGCUGAAUGUGAUGUGCCUGAAUUGAAUAAUCCUGAAGAAGUAUCAAAGGCUAAUGAAGGUGAAGUUGAGAUUGUGGUCAAUCGAGUGGAGGAGCUGAUCAGUUAUGGUGUGAAACCAUCAGAUAUUGCUGUUAUAUCUCCAUAUAAUUUUCAGGUGAAACUAAUUAGGUUACAGUUGUGUUCAAGAUACUUUGAUCUCGAGGUCAAAACUGUAGAUGGUUUUCAAGGUCGUGAAAAGGAAGUAGUAAUCAUUUCAAUGGUCAGGAGCAAUUUGAAAUCAUCGGUUGGAUUUCUAGCAGAGAUACGCAGGAUCAAUGUAGCAGUAACACGUGCUCGUCGACACUUAACAGUAAUAUGUGAUACUGCGACAGUUUGCACAGAUAAAUUUAUUAAGUCCAUGGUGGAUCAUUUGCACAAGAAAGGGAAAAUUCGAUCAGGAAAUCAGUAUUUAGGUGAAAGGUGAACUGAUGACCAGAUUCAAAAGAUGUUUACAAAAUGAGAAGAAUAAACCAAAGACUAACAUUAAAAGUUUUGUAUAUCGAUGUAGUCGUAGAGUAAAUGGAGCACACUCUUGUAUAAUACAUUCCAUGUUUGACUGAAAAAGAUGGAAUGUUUGAAAUUCUGUGAUAAAAUAUGGAAUUAUAAAUAUACCGUACAUGCAUUGACUUUGUUCUUUUUAUUAAGAGCUUAAAUUAAGCUCUAGUGAAUGUUUUUGUAACAUACUAUUUACACUAUUAUUUAUCAGGUACUAUACAGUAAUGAUAUUUUUUUUAAAGACUCAUCUGUAAAUUAUGAGAUGUGUAAGUAAAAAAGUAAAGUUCCCCUUUCAGACCUUGUGGUCUGUAGGGCAGAUGAUGAUGUGUUUUAAUAAAUAUUUAUUGUAUUUUAACAUGUGUUAUCUCACUGUUUGAAAGUUAAAAGGAUGAAGAGAAAAUGUGUAAUAUUAUAAUGACUGAAAGUAUCUGUGGUGAAAAUAAGUGAAAUGAAGGGAACAAAAAUGCUGGACAUUUUCCUGACUGAUUUUGUGUAUUGGGUGUUUCUUAUCUAUUUAUUUCCUAUAUUUACUUUUCUAUUGUAGUUUUAAUUCAAAGUUGUUUUUUUUAGCUCUUGAAUUACUUGCUAUUUCUUUUAAUUAUUUUAUGAAUGAAUCAGAUUAUGUUAUGUGGUUCUUACUAAAUCUAAUCUAAUGUCAGUGUCUGAUUCCAAAAAAUAAAGGAUGGAUGCAGUAGUUUACACAGCUACACCAAUUUUAGAUGUGGCUCUUACUACCAAUGUAUAAAAUGUAACAAAUGAGAAUACAUGAGGAUAACUUAAGUAAUAUAUAUUUAUUGUAGAUAACCUAAAUAUGUAUUUUAAUAAAGUCAUUUUUGUAGACAUUUUAUUGCCUCAUUAGAUCUUCAAUAGCAUUAAAGUUGUAACUUACUGUGAUCUUUUUCCUUCUACAAAGAACCUCCAGAGAAAAUUAUUGAUUUUAGCAUGAUCGUAUAAUGUGAUCACAUUGUCAGUAUAUGAAUUUUAAAUAGUUUAACAAAAGGUAGUGUGCAAUGUGCACAACAUAAACUAAAAAGGUUAUAGAAAUAAAAAAUCACCCUUUGGGUCAGGAUUUUGUGAUUUUACCAUCAUAAAAGUGGUACAAGACACCGAUAACAAAGACAAACGGACACAAAAACUCUUUAGUCCCCCUGGCAAUGAAAUUAUUAAAUAAAAUUAAACCAACUUUUGGCAUGUACAUUGUGACUAAAUGCAUGACGCGCAGGAUAAGUGAGCCUGGUGUGAAUGCAUAUUUAGGUUUUCAAUAAUUGUAAUGUUUUGUUUGGUGUAAUGCGCAAAUUGUAAGACAAAUUUUGUUAUGGAUAAUAAAGAUUAUUAUUAUAAACAAAUGA